UGGGAUGAACCAUUUGAUAUUAUGGCUGUCAGUAUGCCAUAUUACACACAUUACUGGAGAACGUCUGUGUAAACAUGAACGUUUAAAGCACUUUAACAUUUCUACUGAGCUCCAGUCUGAUGUCCUGCUGCCGUGUAACUUUGAUCCAACUCUCCUCGGAUCAAAUAAGUCUGCGGAUAUAAAAGUAUUGUGGAGUCAGAUAAACACAACAGAACAUUAUCUAGUGGAGAUCUCUCUACAGGGAGACAUGAGUUCCUGGGAUUCCAAAGGUGGACGUAUCAAGUAUUUCUCUAAACCCUUUGAAUCAGGAAACUUCUCCAUCCUCAUUCAGAAAGUGCAGCUGUAUGAUCUGAGUCUCUACCACUGUGUGCUGUUAAAUGGGACCGGCUGCAUCGUCGCGUAUCAGGAGAUACAGCUUGGUAAAUGGACUGGUGUGAAUGUUUUAGUAGAGAACUGGCCCUUCAUUGCAGGAGGAGGAGCUGGUGCUCUCGCAGUUCUUGUGGUGUUAACGUGUUUCAUAAAAUGUGCUUGUUGCAAUGCAUCAAAUCAACACAUUUAUGCAAACUCAAGAUUUGAGAAAAGAAAUGACAGAAAGUGCGGUGAAAAGAACCAAAGCAGCGAUCAGCAUGCAGCUAUGGCUAAAAAUAAAGUUCACGCCAACACGCCUCGAAACCACAGUAACAUCUAUGCCAACGGCUGCGCUGAACCUGAAGAGAUUUACGCCAACCAGCCACACUGAAAAGAAACUAUAAAAUGAAAAAUGAAAGUGUAAUUUAUACAGUAUUUAAUGUAGUCAGGACUCUGAUUGUAUUACUUUAUGGAACGCCAUAAUGAUACAUUCUGUGGACAAAAGUAUAUGGACACCUGACCACACCAGUAUGAAGUCUUUCUCCAAACCAUUGCCAUAAAUUUGGAGGAUCUCCACAGAACACAGAAACAGUAUGUCUUUGUAUCCAGUAACAUUACAGUUACAUUCAGUUAAAUUAAACCCCAAACUUGACAAUAAAGCAAGCUACAUAGACAAAAGGUCCACCAGUUUUUGGGAAAUUGAACCUCGGCUCUGUUGGAUAAACUAGAAUGCUGACUGCCCCCAGGUCUCAUCAAAGAACACUGGUCUUUAAAGACAAAUCCUCACAGCCAUGCUCCAGAAUCUAGUGGAAAUUCUUUUUAGUCUA